GAAUUACGUGACUCGAUGGCGCUGCGGCUGAUGGCGGCCAGAACAGUGUGCUUUUGGUGGUCCGAUCGAUCGUUCACAGUUUUAGUUGUACCUUCCAGACAGAUUUAUUUUGCUACAGCCAGCCAUGUCGCUUCGUGUGGUGUCCCCUUCCCUGCUGAAUGCCUGGAGCCAGACUCUGGUGCGUGCCAUGUCCACCCAGGGCGGCAGCAAGAACAUCGGCUUCGUGGGCCUCGGCAACAUGGGUGCCAACAUGGCAAGCAACCUGAUCAAGGCAGGCCACAAGCUGCAUGUGUUCGACAUUUCGAAGCCAGCCUGCCAAGGACUGGCGGCCAAGGGAGCCACUGUCUACACCAAGACCUCGGAGCUGGCCCAGAACUCUGACUUUGUCAUCACCAUGCUGCCCAACAACGCCAUUGUGGAGAAAUCGUACGAGGAGAUGACUGCCGAUGGCGUCAACAAGGACACCAUCUUCAUCGACUCCUCCACCAUUUCCCCGGAGCUGGUGAAGGCUCUGCAGAAGCGCAUCACCGACAAGGGAGCCCGUUUCAUCGAUGCCCCCGUCUCCGGAGGUGUUCCCGGCGCCGAGCAGGCCACUCUCACCUUCAUGGUGGGCGGCACCGAUGCCGAGUACAACGCCGUCAAGGCUGUGCUGGAGUGCAUGGGCAAGCGCAUCACCCACUGCGGCGUCUACGGCAUGGGACAGGCCGCCAAGCUGUGCAACAACAUGAUGCUCGCCAUCUCCAUGAUUGGCGUGUCCGAGGCGAUGAAUCUGGCCGUGCGCCAGGGCCUCGAUGCCAAGGUUUUCGCCGAGAUUAUCAACUCGUCCACUGGCCGCUGUUGGGCCUCUGAGAUCUACAACCCAGUGCCCGGCAUUUGCCCCACUGCCCCUGCCAACAAAGACUAUGCCGGAGGUUUCUCCUCCGCUCUGAUCACCAAGGAUCUGGGUCUGGCCUCCGGAGUGGCCAACAGCUCGAACACACCCAUUCCACUGGGUUCGCUGGCCCACAAGAUCUACACCUCGCUGUGCACCCAGGGUCUGGGCAACAAGGACUUCUCCGUGGUGUACGACCAAAUGAAGAAGGAGAAGUUCAGCGUUUAAGUUACUUAAGAGACUCUAACUAGAUAGCGAUGAUGAAUCCGUAUCCAACACACACACCAGUCAUGCAUUUAUUUAGCACUAAGCUAGUGCGGUCCUAGGGCUUCCCUAUUUCCAAUUACGACUGUGCAAUUACUUUUUCAGUGUAUUCGCGUAAAUAUGUACAUAUAUUAAAGAUGUAUUCGUUUAUCGUAUUGUA